ACCGUAUCCAUGGGAGCGCAGUUACGGAUAUCACAUCCAGGACAAUGACACAAGACCGUGCUCGGCGUUUCUAAUGACCAAACACAAUACAAUAUUGUAAUAAUAGCUAUACAACUGUUUUAAUAAGUGUUUCACAAAUUGGAGAAGCAUAUUUUGAUUUAACGAACAUAAAAAUUCACCCAUGUGGAGAAAAACUGUUUUUCUUUAUGAAAAUAGUCGCUAGCUCCUAGCUAACUUUGACGAUGUAGUUAGUCAUUUAACGUUAAUGUUAGAUUUGUUAACAAAGACUAAUGCCGUUUUAUAUUCGAUAUAAAGAUUAAAUAGUUUAAUGUCGCUUACUGUUAAAGCCUGAACAUGUUUACAGACGAAACGCUUGAUUUAGUUGGUGCAGAAUCGACAUGGAGAAAGUCACAUCAGCAAACACAAGAAUCAAGAAGCUGUCAAACUCGUCCAGUUCACACAACAGAGACUGAAACACAAGCCAAAGAUGUGUCAGAAAACGGCACCCAAACACAAGACCAGAGCGGCCAAACUCUCUCAUUAGACCGAGAUCUAACAGACUUUCCUGGUUUGUUGGACUUCAUGCGUAGAGCUGAAGAUGUGGUUAUCAGAGAACUGGUGAAAAACUCCAAGAGUCAUGCUUUUGAUGGGUUUGAAGUGAACUGGGAGGAACAAAACGAGUCUGUAUCCUGCAUGUACCGUCUUCAGCAUGUUGAUGCUCAGGAAAAGAGUCUGCAAGUCACUAGUGUGUCCUGGAACUGCACUGGUUCGGUCAUAGCCUGUGGAUUUGGCCGUGUGGAUGAUGGCGAUUGGAGCAAUGAGAAGGCUUGUGUGUGCACAUGGAACGUGGACCGGCAGAACCUAAACCCAAAGCGGCCAGAUGUGAUCAUAGAUGUGGCCACACCGGUCAUGUGUUUGUGCUUUCAUCCUGUGAGACCGUCUGUUGUAGCUGGGGGUUUGUACAGUGGUGAGGUGGUAGUUUGGGACACAAGUCGCUCACAGGACCUCAUUUUGGCUCAGACUGGCAUGUCUGCCGAUACCCACCGUGAACCAGUAUAUCAGAUAAACUGGGUCCCAGGAGCUCGCAGAGGAGAGUUUUCUGUACUCAGUGCCGGUUCAGGAGGAAGAGUCCUGUUGUGGACAAUAGACGGAUCUGAAGCCAAACUCCUCUUGAGCUCUGGAUAUGCUCUUGUCCGACAGCAAAUGCCUCAAAGUGGAGCAGCUAGCAAGACCCGAGGGAGCUUGACUAUUGGAGUGACGGCUGUUGCACUUUCCCCUUGGGAUUUGGACACAUUUUUGGUGGGCUCAGAAGGAGGUCUUGUGCUCAAAUGCUCCUUCAGCAGCGAGACAGCUGCCGCAGUGCCAUCUGAUGGCGAAAGUGUGAUAUUGCGGGCCCCAAUGCAGUUUUCUUUCUCACCACGAGGGGGCCCUAUACACUCAGUCCACUUUUCACCAUUCCAUAGGAAUCUGUUUGUAAGUGUCGGGACAGAUGGUUUGGCUCACCUACACAGUGUUCUGCAGCCUUGCCCUCUGCUGGCUCUACGGGUGUCUGAUUCAUAUGUGUUUGGGGUGAGAUGGUCACCUACGCGCCCUCUAGUCUUUGCUGCAGUCACAGGACAAGGUUUGGUCCAAAUGUUUGAUUUGGGUCGGAGGUCUUUGAGGCCAGUGGCCACGAUUGACCAGAAUGCAGGAGGUCAACCGGCGUAUUGCCUGGAGUUCAACCCCAAACACACAAAUCUGCUGGCAGUGGGCAAUGCAGAUGGCAGCGUCAACAUCUGGCAGCUCAGUGCGGAGUUAACGGAGCAAGGAGCCAAGGAGACGGCAAUGCUGGAGCAACUGGCCAACGAGGUGGCAGACUGAGUCAUAAGAGAACUGAAAAUAUCAGGAACAAAGAUGGGGAAAGCUGCCUUAGAUGAUGUUUCUCACCUGUUUGGAUCCACUAUAUCCAGGAUGGACUCAAACUCUGGGUC